GUGCUCGUUGUUCGUGCAGCUAUGUGGACUAUGUUGUAGGUGAGGUUGAUUACACACAUUUUCGAUGCCAUAGUCAACAGCGUAGCGGGAGUCGAGUGUGGCAAUUCCUCAGCAACCGGUAGGCAGCUCCCAUAGAACAACGUCUCCUCCUCAUGGGAGUGUUUUAUUAAAUGGACUUGUUGGGAUCGUCAAUCGAACGAGCGGAGCAGAGCAGUCGCAUCCUGGCAGUGAAAGUGGAUGGUGUAUAUCUGGCUGGUCCGUUAUGGGAAAUAAAGUGGUCACUUUUACCGAUCAACAGCUGGAGGACUAUCAGGAUUGUACGUUCUUCACGCGGAAGGAAAUUUUACGGGUGCAUCAGCGAUUUCGGGAGACGAGCCCGGACCUGGUGCCGAAGGUGAUGACCGAAGGGCAGGCCACCUCGAUUCAGGUACCGAGGGAGCGGAUUGAAAAGCUGCCGGAGCUGGUGGAGAAUCCUUUCAAGACGCGGAUGUGCGAGGCGUUCUCUCAGGAUGGAGAUGGAAAUUUAACUUUUGAGGAUUUUCUGGAUCUGCUGUCGGUGUUCAGCGAGCAGGCACCGAGGGAUAUCAAGGUGUUCUACGCGUUCAAGAUCUACGACUACGACCAGGAUGGUUUCAUCGGCCAGUCCGAUCUGCUGAAUGUCAUUACGGCGCUCACCCGGAAUGAACUAACCACCGAGGAGCACCAGCAAAUCGUGGAGAAAGUCAUCGAAGAGGCGGAUGUCGACGGCGAUGGAAAACUGUCCUACUUGGAGUUCGAGCACGUGAUUACCCGAGCGCCGGAUUUCAUGUCAACGUUUCACAUUCGAAUCUAGACGGGGGAGUGUAUGGUCGACAGCCAUCUGGUGGCAACGAAGCGAGUUAUGUGAAAAGGGGUGCAUAUCUGCGAUGUUCGAAAACGCAAAACGAGUACAGUUGAGAAACUGAAAAGCCAUCGUUGUUCCUGUAUUAGUUAUGCGAUCUUAAAUGAAUAAACUCAGAUGACACCGAUUGGAAUUUUAAUAUAUUGUUUGCUGAAUGAAUAACUCAUCCAACUGAAAAACUCUGCACUGCAACCAAACAUUUAUAAUACAUUAUUUGUCAUUGAAAUUUAUUAUCGAAGCAACUUCUGUUUGUAAUAAACAUGUCUGGGACGACAGUUUCAUAUUUAAAGAAAAAAAUCUUGCAAGGCAGUAUGCAGACCCACAUUUAAGAAGAGAAUUAAUAACAAAAAUACUUUCAUGGCUCUUGGGUAUAAAUGAACCGGUUAAUAAGUGGCAAUUUUUUAGUGUGUCUGCAGUAGAAAAGUGGUAUACAGUGUUACAUACAAUUACAUACUGCUUUAUUGCGCUCUCUGGUGGAAUUGAUGCUAACAAAAUCUGCACUUAAUAAACAUUAAGGAUCUUUUUGCUAUGGAAUGUUCUACAAACCUUUUGUGUUUGUACAUUCCACUUUAACAUAAUAAAAAUAAAUAUAGGGGAAAAUACGUAGUUCGGCAGUUUUGAUUUCUUCGUCAUGGAAGGUUUUUUGAAACCUAGUGAACUCAUAGUUGGUCUCAAAUCCUUCCCAACCAAGCUGAGUUAUAUGCCCAAAUUUCAGGCAAUUGGCUUCUUUAACGGUGUUGAAAUAAUUCGAUAUUCUGAAUCUGCAUGUCAAACUGAGCCGAAAUCCAAAUUUUCAUGAAUUUUGGAGCCCGGGAACCUAUUUAAAAAUCAAUUUGAAGUUUGUAUGGGAGCGAUUUGUCGAAUCACCCCUCAUCGCAGUUUGUACUGGGUGGAGCUGUCAAACAGUUGUCCAGCUGUCAAAAGGUGAUUUCAAAAAAUCUCUUUGAAAUUGAUUUUAGGUACCAAAAUAAGGUUCUAAAAAUCUGAAAAAAAGCAUAGUGACUCAGAAAAAGGUGCUCUUUCGUAUAAAAUAUAAAAAUCAAUACAUU